AUGACAAGUGAAGAAAAAUAUCCGUUGAUACUGCCAAAAGAGUCGAAACUUACUGAACUGGUAUUACAUGAGUGUCAUGCAAAUACUUUGCAUGGUGGUGCACAACUUAUGUUGGCCACCUUGAGGCAACAAUAUUGGAUUGUUGGAGGACGUCUACCAGUCAGAAGUUUCAUUAAUAAAUGUGUUGUUUGUGUGAGACAUCGAGCUGAAGCUGCACAACAGUUAAUGGGUCAACUACCAGCAUCAAGAGUAUUGAAAUCAAGGCCAUUUCUCCAUACAGGAGUUGAUUAUGCUGGUCCAUUUGAACUGAAAACAUGGUCAGGUAAAUGCAACAGGUCAUACAAGGCCUACCUGGUUGUGUUUGUGUGUAUGGCUUCGUCAGCCGUUCAUCUCGACUUAGCAACUGACUAUACAACUGAGGGUUUUUUAGCAGCAUUUAAGCGAUUUGUCAGUCGUCGUGGACGAUGUGAGAAAUUGUUCAGUGACUGUGGCACUAAUUUUGUGGGUGCAGAUGCGGAGUUAAAACGCAUGUUUAAGGCAUCCUCAAAAGAAGUAAAAAAUCUGGCCAGUCUUCUAGCAAAAGAUGGUACAGAUUGGAGUUUUAUUCCACCUGGAUCACCACAUUUUGGUGGUAAAUGGGAAUCAGUUGUAAAGUCAGCCAAACAUCACAUCAAAAGAGUCAUAGGUGAUCAUAAACUCACCUACGAGCACUUCAGUACCUUUCUGACACAAGUUGAGUGUCUACUCAACUCUAGGCCAUUGUGUCCAAUGUCUGAGGAUCCUGAUGACCUCCAGGCAUUGACACCUGGUCACUUUCUCAUUGGGGAACCACUUAAUGCUGUGCCUGAGCCAUCAGUGUUAGAUGUCCCUGACAAUAGACUCAACAAGUGGCGAUUGUUGAGGAAGUUUAUGGAGUCAUUUUGGGACAGGUGGUCGAAGGAGUACUUGCAAAAGUACUUGGUCAGGUCAAAGUGGUUAAAGACAUCUCCAUGCAUUAAAGUGGGUACAAUGGCUUUGGUCAUUGAUGAGAGAUUGCCACCCGGUAAAUGGGCAUUGGCACGAGUAACUGAAGUGUUUCCUGGAGCUGACGGAUUAGUCAGGGCAGUCACUGUGAAAACACAAACUGCUGAGUAUCAGAGGCCAGUGGCUAAGUUAUGUGUUUUGCCAAUUGAGGUCACAGAUGAGGUUGACAAUUAA